AUGGCCUCAAAGACCAUUGGCCGCCCGAUAUGGAUGUACGCGAAUGAUUGGCGGCUGCUACGCGGCAUGAAGGAUGCACUUGAGGGUCUCAUCCGGGCCAAAGACUUAGGCAUUGCCUAUCACGAUGUCGGUCCAUACAGCAUCAUCCUCGCCGAGCGUGGGGCUCAAGGGCCCCUCGGGUACAUCGUAGAUCUCGAUUGCGCGGACUUUGCAGCGAAUGUCGCCCCGGAUGAUGGAAAGCAAAAGAGUGCGUCUACGUCCGCAAGUGGCACACUUCCCUUCCUUGCAACCGAGGUACUCGCCGCCAAUGCCGUCGGACAACACUUCGCUCAAACCUUCGAUCACGAUGCAGAGUCCUUCGCCUAUAUUCUCUCCUACGCCGUGCUCAGGAGGUGCAUCACUCUCGCCGAGAAAGGCGUCAUGCAGCCGGAGUUCCGUGAUGCCAAGAACGCAGGUGCUCACCGGCUUUUGAUGACCGAAUACAAGGCGAUAUUCGGCGGAGCGAGCUACGAGGUGUUACAACGGAGUCGCGGCCGCGCUGGUGGACAUUUCAACUGGCCCGCAAGUAUUGCGAACACGCCGGCAGGUCUGAGUUGGAUGAGAGUAUAUGGGCCGAAGGAGUCGCUCUUUGACCUCUUCGCGACAUUGGGAGAGGUGCAAAUGGAGGUGAUCGGGGCGCAUAUCAAAGCUGUCAAGAAGUCUUCCAAGAAACGGCUCUAUGCCACUGCGCCCCAGGAGACGCCAGCGAUACCGCCCUUCACUCAUCCGGCUUUGAUCACCUUCGAGCAAGUCAAGGAGCAUUUCGACACGGCCCUCCAGACCGUCAGCCAGAACGAACCCGAGAUGUUGUUACAGGAGGGUGAACGGCCGGAGGCGGAUGAGGAGAACGACGAGGAUGGCGAAACCGACGAGGACGACGAGGACGACAAGGAUGACGAUGAAGAGAGCGGCUAG